CUAUUUAGUAUAUUUGUAAUCUGCAUUUUUUUUCUGCAUAUUCUUAAAAAUAAAAUAUAAUAGAAAGCCGAUUCUGCGUAUCUAGUCACACUAGAUUACCAGAUCUAAAUUUAUCAUCUAUCUAGAUCUAUCUACUAGUACUAUACUAGUAGCUAGAAUAACAGCUGGUAGAUCUAUCUAGAACUUCAUAAUAAUCAUUCAUAAUGGCCACUUCACGAAUACAAUCGUUGGGAAUUAAAAGAAAAUCUUCCAAUAAAGAUGACAAGCAGCAAGGGAAGAAACUGUUACCUCUUACAGAAACUCAAAUAGAAGACAAACUCUUAAUUUCAGAUAACAAACUUUCUUUUUCUUUUUUUAAUGUGAAUUGUGAAAUACUGGCACACCUUUUGUUGGGUCAGAAUCUUGUUCGCUGUAUAGGUGGUCAGCGGGUCAGUGGCAAGAUUGUGGAGACAGAAGCAUAUCUAGGUUUAGAAGAUAAGGCAGCACACACUUACAAUGGUAAAAGAACUGAACGAAAUGAAGCCAUGUUUAUGGCGCCAGGCACUGCAUAUGUCUACAACAUUUAUGGCAUGUACUGUUGUCUUAAUAUUUCAAGCCAAGGUGAAGGCUGUGCUGUUCUCAUCAGAGCCCUAGAACCUCAAGAAGGGUUAGAGAUAAUGAAAACACAUCGCUCAAAAAAUUCUACUAAUUCCACUAAAGAACUUAAAGUGAAAGAACUUACUAAUGGACCAUCUAAGUUGUGCCAAGCUUUAGCGAUCUCCAAAAAUGAUUUUAACAAAUGUGACCUCACCAACUCAGAACUUUUGUGGCUAGAACAAGGGGAGACAAUACCAGAUGAGAAAAUAGUUUGCAGUCCUAGGAUAAACAUUGGCUAUGCUGAAGAAUGGCAAGAGAAACCAUUAAGGUUUUAUAUUUUGGGCAAUUCAUGUGUCAGCAAGCGGGACAAAAAAGCGGAGGAGCACAGAUAUUCUUGACACACAAGCUUUGAAUAUUCCUUAGAAUUAUGUGUAUUCUUGGCUACCUCAAUCUGGUUUACUGUGAUAAAUGUUUUGUACAAGGACUACACAGUGUUAUAUAGCAUGCAUCACACUACAAUCUCAAUUACUGCCAUCUGGUGUAUGCACUCUUGAAUGUCACCUCAAUGGUCCUGAGUUUGAAUCCUGCCUGUGGCCAUCCCAACCAUCCUGUGGAUGGAGAUGAUGUAAUAAUCUCCAAUUCUGAAACUUCUAAAACAAAAAAUGUUUGCCAAACCAAGUUAACUGUACUUUUGGUUUCAUUCCUUUGGAGAAUAGGAUUUAUUAAAGUUAUUCAAAGGUUUGUUUUAUUUUUAGUGCAUCCAGCUUUAUUUUUAGUGCUUGAUCUGUAUGAACUUAUCUUUUUUUUUUUUUUGCGUAUAUAAAGGGAGGUAAAAAGAGUACCACUAAGGGUGGCUAUCCUGCUUCACUUGCCAGGAUCCUUUUAAAUUGGAUGGUCUCAAGAGACCCACCACAGUUGAGUGCUCUUGUAUGUUAAACUGUUACAUGCCAACUAGUUUAAGUUAGAUGCAAUUUUCUGCCAUCCUUAAUUAUAACUGUAGUAGAGCAUAAAUUAUUUUUUUAAUCAACUAUGGGGAUCUAAGCUUUAAAAGACUAUAAUGAUAUAAUCAACUUUCUUCUGACAUUGUAAACAAACAACUACACACAGAGUAAUAAAUCAUCAAAACUUG